UUCUGCAACAAAGUCACACUCGCAAAAUAUUGAAUUAGAGUAAGUGCGAAGACGAAUCGUUGAAAUUAUUAUUCCAUAUGGAAUGUCUGAAGUUCGAAAACAAACUCGCUGCUCCUUUCUAUGCGUUUUGCUUUAUUUUUAUCGUUUGGCAACUUCAGACUGCAGACUGCCGCUCGUUCAGUGUCGAUUAUGAGAAGGACUGCUUCUUGAAAGAUGGAAAGCCAUUUCAGUAUGUUUCGGGCAGUAUUCAUUACUCAAGAGUUCCACGUUUCUACUGGCAGGAUAGACUCAAGAAGAUGUACAUGGCAGGAUUGAACAGUAUUCAGACAUAUGUACCCUGGAACUUUCAUGAGCCAAUACAAGGCAUAUACAACUUUAAAGGAGAUCGGGAUCUGGAGCAUUUUUUAGACCUUGCCAACCAGACAGGCCUUCUGGUCAUUCUACGGCCUGGGCCUUACAUCUGUGCUGAGUGGGAGAUGGGAGGACUUCCAUCAUGGCUUCUCCAAAAGCCAGACAUAGUCCUACGCUCAACUGACCCAGAUUAUCUACAGGCUGUUGAUAGCUGGCUGAAUGUGCUUCUUCCUAAGAUAAGAAAGUGGCUUUACAACAAUGGAGGAAACGUCAUCAGCGUGCAGGUAGAAAAUGAAUAUGGAAGUUACUUUGCUUGUGAUUAUAACUACCUCCGCCAUCUGAAAGUGAUGUUCCAGUAUUUCCUGGGAGAAUCAACUGUCCUUUUUACCACUGAUGGAAACACAGACUGGGAGAUGACUUGUGGGACUCUGCAAGGAUUGUAUGCUACUAUCGACUUUGGAACAGACACAAAUAUUACAGAAGCAUUCAUGAGGCAACGGAAAUUUCAGCCUAAUGGUCCUUUGGUUAACUCAGAAUUUUACACCGGUUGGUUGGAUCACUGGGGUGAUGUCCAUGCCUUUGUGAAAUCAGAGAACAUCACCAGUAUGCUGAUGGAAAUGUUUGCCCUUGGAGUUAAUGUUAAUAUGUAUAUGUUUGAAGGCGGGACAAAUUUUGGCUAUUGGAAUGGUGCAGAAUUUAAUGAACGGUAUCUUCCCGUAGUAACGAGCUAUGACUAUGAUGCUCCUCUCUCUGAAGCUGGUGAUCCUACUGAAAAACUAUUUGCCAUUAAAAGUGUCAUCAGUAAGUUCUUUUCAGUACCAGCAGGACCAAUGCCUCCCCCAACUCAAAAGUAUGCUUACGGGUACAUCUCCUUGAAAAAGGUUUCUUGCAUUACUGAACUGUUAGAUGACCUAUGUCCACAAGGGCCUGUUCACUCUUAUUACCCCAUAACCUUUGAAGAGAUGAAACAGUCUUAUGGCUACAUGCUGUAUCGUACAAAGCUACCCAAGGCAUUUCAAACUCCAACUCCCCUUAUUUCACCACUGAAUGGUAUUCAUGACCGUGGAUACGUUCUUAUCAAUGGGUUGUAUCAAGGUGUGAUGGAGAGAGAUACUACCCUAGUGCUUAAUGUAACUGGACAAGAAGGAGAUUACCUUGAUAUCCUUGUGGAAAACAUGGGCCGGAUCAACUUUGGGAGCAACAUCAAUGAGCGCAAGGGUCUGGUUAGCAAUCUGUACUUUGGAAAUUAUAUACUUACAGACUGGCUAAUAUAUGCUCUUAGCUUUGAUGAAGCAGUAUCCAGCGGUUUGUUGCAAGCAGAAAUGAGACAUGACCAUUCCACAGUAAGAAGAAUAGAGAACUUAAAAGGCCCCACAGUGUACAAGGGAACUUUGGAAAUACCAGAUGUAGCUUGGGACACUUUCUUGAACCUAAAAAGAUGGACCAAGGGUCAGGUAUGGAUCAAUGGAGUUAACCUAGGAAGAUAUUGGUCUAAGAAAGGCCCCCAACAGACUCUGUUUGUUCCAGGACCCAUACUUAGCACAUCUGCGCCAAACAACAUUACACUCCUGGAACUGGAAGAAGCUUCUUCUACAACACAAGUUCUGUUCAUGAACAGACCCCAGCUCAAUAAUACUGUAAUGAGUGGAGACCACUAAUUGGUUUUAAUGGUGAUGAAACCAAAUAUUAUGUAAAUUCAUUGAAUGUGUGUAGAUAAUAUAUAAUUACAAUUUUAAUUAAAUAAAUUAAUUACACCUCCAUGAAAGCAAAACAAGGACAGUCUCAUUACUUUUCAGUCAGCCCUUGUAUGAAACACAAGUUUUUAAUGUAUUUAAAAUUUCAAAACAUUUGCAUUGUCUUGAUGUGAACACAGUUUCCAAUUCUUCAAUUUAUGCAGUUGCAAUACCUCAUGCCCACACAUUGUUACCUUUCAGCUAUUUUCUAAAUGGGCCCUUUCUUCCUGUUCAGCUAAUAAUCUGAAGGCUUAUGUAUAGCUAAUAAUACUCUCUCAAAACAACAGCCCCUCUAGUUUUUACACAUUUCAGUGAGAAAAAUAUCCUUUUGAAUUUGGCUGGCAGUUACUUGCAAUGCGUAUGUGGAUUACUUUUGUUUAACACAAAGUUAUGUUGCUAAACUGUUGCUUUGUAUGUUUUUGUCAUUUUAAGCAACAAAUUGCAGACAGAGUGCUGUAGUGUAAGAAAGGCAUCUGGUAUGUUUGUUAUUGUGGGAAAAAUUAUCUUCGAAGAAGGCAGUCACAGGGCCCAGAUGAGAAUGCAGAAUGUUUAUUUAUUUGCACAGAUUAUGCACAAAUGUCUCAGUCCAUGGUGUGAGCAAUCAAUUAAACAAUUCAUUUGCUUUUGUACUUUUCUAUUACCUUUACCUCAUCUAAUAUAUCAUGGCACCUGACUCUUAGUAUGAAUAAUGUGCAGAACUUUACUAUUCCAUCCAAUCAGCUUGUGCCCCCAGUAUUUUAUGAUUCCUGUUGACUCUCCCAUUAAUGUGAAUGUCACCUCUUUAAAGGUGUUUUGCGGAUUGCUCUUAGCACUGCUUCAUAGGAGGGGUGUUUGGGCUAUCCCUUUCAUUUAUCCUCACUUUCUAGAGGGGUGUACGUUACUCAUUUACCUCAUUUUGACUUUGGAAAAUCAAGUUGGUGGAUUCUCUUAGAUGAGGCAGACUUAUAGGAUAUAUGCUCAAGCUUUAAACCACGUUUAGUUAGUCCUUUAGUUACCGUCAGUCCUUUUCCUUACGUUUUAAUAAUUUAUUGAUACAACUUCAUUUAAGUAUAUACUUGUAAUAAUUUGUAAAAGACAGUAUAUUAACUAAAAAUUCCAUACUGUCUGUAAGCAAGAACUUUGUUUGUAUUCUAUAUAUAAUAUGUGAAAAUGUUCAAUCAAUAAACAAAGUUGUAGCAGCACCCACUCAAGGUGUGUUGCAUUUCAGGUGAUGUCAAAUUAUUUAGUUUUACAGACAGCAAAAAUGAGGCAUACUCAGUUUUACUUUAUUUUGACAAAUCAUUCAUCCUGAAAAUUUCUAGUCAAGUUUUUGCAUGUCAGGUAUCAGGAAAUACACAGCAUUUUUGAACCAAUAGCAAUAACUUUAAAGAUAUAUUAUUUACCCUCUACAGCUCCCGGUACCUCACUCCCAGAUAAACGAGGGUUGAGUUGAGAGUGCUUUUUGCCAUUCCUGAAGCGGUGAGGGGAUGAGAUAGCAGGCUGCUUGCCGUUUGUCCUUAUCAAGACAUUUACAAAACAAAAGACGCUGACGGAGAGGUG